AUGACGAAUGACGGUUUUUGCGAUGACCAUGAUGGUGACGAUGACAAUAAGCAGAUGAUGAUCAAUAGUCAUGCAAAUAACUCGAGUGCUGAGGUUGAUCUACCGUUAGACUCCUACCAACAAAGAAAGCAAUCCUAUCAGAGAAAAGUGGCAAAGGAAAUUCUGCGAAGACCACCCAAUCCAUUCUUGAGUCCAGUCGAUUUUGUCCAAGAAUUGCUCCGUGAGCUCCGCCAGCCUCAUGACUCACAGUCGGGAUAUCUGUGUUUGCUGGAAUCUUCUACAUUCGAAUGGCGUAGGAUUCUUUUUGGGUCGAUUGGUGCUUCGAUAGAUACUGCUACAAAUGCUGAAGUUGCCGCUUUUCUGGAGGGUCUAUUUCGUAAAAAAGACAAUCAAUUCGGUAUUUUGGUGGGUGCAGAUGAUGAUGACGAAGAAGGUUACCUACUGGAGUUCCCAGCCGAUUUCGAGUCUGGAAAGGAAGCCUGGGUCGAGUGCCGGUUAUUCAGUGUGACCAAUGGUGAAUUGCUUGCCGUAACAGGCUGGUGUCUGGAGCAACGGGCUCCUGAUGGAGCGUGGCAACUGAAUAGGCUCGACUGGCAAGACUUUCGAGACAAGUACCGUCCAGGUCUUGGGCGGGAAGAAUGGGAAAGGAUUUGUGGGUGA